AUGGACAAAUUGCAAGAAAAUCUCUCCGUCGAUGCCAACCAACCCAUCCACUUCACACCCUUUGAGCUCCCCUUCCUUAACGCCAACUACAGCCAAAAGGGUCUCCUUUUUGCAAAACCACCACCGGAAAAUCAAGAUUUUUCCGUAACCACUUAUUUGGAUGAACUCCGGCKAUCUCUCUCCGCCACCCUCACUCAAUUUUACCCUCUCGCAGCCCGUUUAGCCACUCGAAAAGAAAAAAACCCACCUUCCUAUGUCAUCUACAUAGACCCUGAAAACAGCCCCGGCGUCAAGUUCGUUUAUGCGACGGUGGACCUAAAUAUCUCCGACAUCAUAAUGUCUACCCACGUCCCUUCAGUUGUCCAUUCCUUCUUUGACCUUAAUAAUGUCAUCAACCAUGAUGGUCAUACAUUACCUUUGUUAUCCAUUCAGGUGACUGAACUUAACGACGGGAUCUUCAUCGGCGGCUCUAUCAACCACCUUAUCGCCGACGGAACAUCUUUCUGGCAUUUCAUGGCUGCUUGGAGUGAAACUUUCAGAUCCAAAGAGCAAAAACGUUGUUUCAGACGAUCGGCCAUCCAAGGAUACAAACCCAUUAUAAAGCUUCCAUUUACGCACCUCGAUCAAUUCAUUGAACGAUUCGAACGUCCACAGUUUAAAGAGAGAUUCUUCCAUUUCUCAUCAGCCACCGUCUCUAGACUCAAAGAAAAAGCAAACGCAGAAUGCAAUACCCAUAAAAUCUCAAGUUUACAGGCGGUGACGGCACUUUUGUGGAGAUGCGUAACACGAGUCCGACGCCAAUCCAGCGACAGUGAAACCAUUUGUAAACUUGUUAUUAACAACCGGCGUCGGCUGAACCCACCUCUAUCCGACGAUUAUUUUGGUAACCCGAUUCAAACAGUGAGGGGAACAGCAAGGGUGGAGGAUCUGAUGGCUCACGGUCUCGGGUGGGCGGCCCUCCAGUUACAACAAGCAGUUGCGAACCAUGACAAUACGGCGGUGGAAAAGUCGGUGGAGUCUUGGUGUAAGAAACCAGUGAUAUAUAAAUUGAGUGAGUUGUUCCAUUCAAACGUUGUACACAUUGGGAGCUCGCCAAGGUUUGAUAUGUUCGGGUGUGAAUUUGGGCUGGGGAAAGCAGUGGCGGCGAGAAGCGGUGGCGCAAACAAGGCCGAUGGGAAAAUGACGAUGUAUCCAGGUAGGAAUGGUGGGGGAAGUAUGGAAGUUGAAGCUUGCCUUUUGCCGGAAUCUAUGAAGGAUCUUGAAGAUGACGAGGAAUUCGUAAAUGCCGUAAGUGACCAUAAUUAGUUAACCCUGAAAUGCAUGAUUUAUGUAAAAGGAGUUAAAUCCUAAAACAUAGAUUUCCUA